AUGAAUCCGAGUCCGAGAAGUAGAGACCCCGGCUAUGGGGCCUCCAAUCCCGGAUCGAAUGCCCAGAUACCCAUGAAUCCCGAUUCUCCCGCCGCGUCGAGCGUCAUGCAUGGGUCGUCUAGGUCCUCUACGGGAAAGGGCAGUGGCCGUCAGAUCACGCGAAACCGCGCCAGUUACAGUUGCCACACAUGUCGACGGCGGAAGGUCAAAUGUGACAAGGUCCACCCGACGUGCGGAAACUGCCUAAAGACCGGAAACGAGUGCAUUUACGAUGCGAUGCCCAAGGAUGAAUCGCGCAGCCAAACAAAAGAGGGCCACGGGGUCAAGCGGAGACGAGAGAUGUCGGGACCGGUGGACGACGAGGUCGAUGAUCUGCAGUCGGUCUAUAGCCAUUUGAAGCAGGCGGGAUCGUCGGAGCAGAAGACCGGGGCGCAUGGGAUCGAAGCGCGGUUGGACAAGCUCACGUCGAUGAUCGAGCGACUGAGCAAGACCAACCAGCCGUUGGACACUGUGCAGAAGCAGCUGCUAGCGCAGAAUGUCAGUUUGGAGGCUGCCAGGAAGGAUGCCCGUCAGGCUAACGGGCUGCCGUUGAAAUCGGGAAAUUCUCGUCCGAACAGUCCGCGUCGCGCGGCAGAUUCGGGUGGCGACGAGUUCCCGAUUCCUGCUGGACAUGCGACGGAUCUGGUGGAUCCGAUUGGGAGUUUGAACCUCGGUCAUUUGAGCUUGGAGGACGGGGGGAGGUCGAGAUAUGUCGGAACAACAUACUGGGCUUAUAUAUCGAAUGAGAUUAAUGAACUCAAUCAACUACUACGAGAUCAGAACCGGUCGCACAAUGACUCAACUGUCAAUGAAGGAUCGAUGGAGGAAACGGUUUCGGAUUCGAUGAUGCGCACGCCGACCAGCCAGUGGAAAAUGGAUGACAGUCCCGGAGGGACUGCCACGGAUGGCCGAAUAACCACCGGGGAGGCCUUCCAGAGGUCGGUGUUGUUUCCUUCCAGUGAAUCGCCUUCGGUGAUCGAUAAGACUGUGGAGCCGGAAAUGCUGGAUCAUGUCCCUACCAAACGACAAAGCCAUAUUCUAUACCAAGGCUUCAUGUCCGGAAUUCAUGCGAUCAGCCCGGUCAUCCAUCCGCCAACAAUUCUGAAAUUAUACAAUGCUUUUUGGAAUUGGUAUGAUUACGGUAGCUAUUCCGGUGAGCCGUGUCCGGAUCCCUCGUUUAUACCACUCCUCUACGCCAUCUGGUAUGGCGGGUCGAUUACGGUAUCUAUACGAAUAAUCAAGGCCGAGUUUAAUAUUACCUCACGAUCUGCUCUGUCGAAAACGUUCCACGAGGAGGUCACUCGGUGGCUGACCAAGAUCUCAUUCCCUCGAAGCCCGUCAUUACAGGGUCUGGCUGCGUAUCUCCUGGUGCAGACGAUCCUGUCCAAGGAAGAAGAGCCACUGACCAGCAGCUUGUUUGUGAGCUUGGCAAUGAGAGUGGCACAGACGAUGGGACUACACCGCGACCCCGCCAAGUUUGGGAUCCAAGCCUACGAAGCGGAAUAUCGCCGACGGAUAUGGUGGCAUAUCGUGCAUAUGGAUGGCGUUGUAGCCAUGUCAAGUGGACUUCCGCCCCUAGUCAGCGACGAAAACUUCUGGGAUGUCCGCGAAGCUAGCGAAGUCAAGGAUACACUGCUCGGCACUCCCAAGGCCGAAAACUACGAACGCAUGGUUGCGGCGGGCAUGCGGCCGCCUGAUAAUCCUGAUGAUCCGACUGUCUGUGGUGGGCCUUCUACAGUAAACGUAUACUAUCUGUCAGCUCGGGGGAAAUAUGUCAUGGCUUGUGAGUUUUUGAACAAAUUGAAAUAUGACAGAUACUAA